AUGCCUAAAGACAACUCUUCCAAAAACAAGUCCUUGAGACACAAUCCUCUCGAAAUAGAACUUAAAGAGAGUGAGGGUAGACUGAGACGUGCCGGGAAAAAAAACGGUGCUACUGAUGAUGACGCGCUUGAAGACGAAAUGGUGAUAGAUUCCAAGACUUCAUCCAAAAUUCUUAAGUUGGCCAAGCAACAAGAUGAUGAAAUCAAGGCUGAAGCUCGAGCAGAGAUCAUUACCCAGAAAAAGCUUGCUUCAGGGCAAAUUUCCAGCAAAAAGUACGAGUUUGACGAAGAAGACACUUAUGCUGGUGCCUUGGAUAGUGACGAAGAUGAGGAAGAGGAACAAGACUACAGCGAUUAUGAGUACGAAGAAAUCGAAAUCAACCCUGAAGACGAAGCUUUGUACAAUAAGUACGUUGGUGGAAUAAAUGAAGAUAGCGAUGAGCCUCAGCAGACUCUUGCAGACAAGAUUAUGGAAAAGAUUCGUGAAAAGGAAAUGAUUAUGGCAGGGGAGCAGCCUGAACCUGAGGAAGAGGAAGAAGAGGAAGAGGAAGAGGAACCCCAUGGUGUCAUGCUUCCUGAAAAGGUCAUUGCAGUUUAUGUCAAGGUUGGCGAGCUGUUAUCAAGAUACAAGUCCGGUAAGCUCCCUCGUGCGUUUAAAAUUAUUCCUACCUUGAGAAACUGGGAAGAUGUAUUGUACGUUACACAGCCCGAGUCCUGGUCCCCUCAGGCUAUUUAUGAAGCCACAAAGAUUUUUAUUUCAUCACUGGAUUCAAGACAGUGCCAGAAGUACGUGUAUAGUGUGCUGCUUGACCGAUUCCGCUCAGAGCUGGAAAGCGGUGGUGAAACCGGUGUUGCUGCUUCCAAAAAGACACUCAAUUAUCAUACGUACCGCGCUUUGAAAAAGUCUCUUUAUAAGCCUGCUGCAUUUUUUAAGGGUUUCCUUUUUCCCCUUGCCGAGUCUGGUACAUGCACUGUUCGUGAAGCAACUAUUGCUGCUUCUAUUCUGGCUAAAGUUAGUGUCCCGGUGUUGCACUCAGGUGCUGCGCUGAUGCGUUUGUCUGAGUACGAAUAUUACUCUGCGCCAACGUCGCUGUUUAUGAAGGUGCUAUUGGACAAGAAGUACGCACUGCCUUAUAAGGUCAUUGACUCGGUGGUGUUCCAUUUUAUGCGUUUCAAAAAUGAUAAGAAAAAGCUUCCUAUUUUGUGGCACCAGUGCUUCCUGGUUUUUGCUCAACGAUAUAAGAAUGAUAUUACUGAGGACCAGCGUGACUUUUUAAUGGAUGUUCUUAAGGUUCACAAUCACCCUGAAAUCACUCCUGAAAUUAGACGAGAGCUUACUUCUGGUACUGCUCGUGUUGUGGAUACUAACAUGGAAAUCGAUGGUUAA